UGGAGUCGUCUUCCUCCUUGGCCUUCGUCCUUCGACUCCAAGCAAGCAGCAGUUUUGACUGGCCAACCGACUAGUAAGCUACGUAGCAGCCAUGGCGCGCCGCUUCCCCUAACCCUAACCCCAACCGAUUCUAAUGGGGUCCCAGCCGCCGGCCUCCCGCGCGGCCCUCGAGCCCCUCGCCACGCUCGACCCCGCUGCGCUCGCCGGCUUCCCUGCCUCCUCCCCCCUCACCGUCCGCGCUGCCGCCCUCUCCGCCCACCUGCUCUACCUGGGCACCGGCGGCGGCAAGCUCCUCCUCUUCUCCCUCCAGGAUCCCUCCACUCCGGAGUUCCUCCGCCUCCUCCCCAUCGGCGCCACCCUCCCCGUCUCCGCGAUCCUCCCGCUCCCCUCCGUCGCCCGCCUCCUAGUCCUUGCCGACGGCCUCCUCCUCCUCGCCGACCCGCUCCUCUCCCGCCCCGUCCGCCGCCUCGGCUCCCUGCGCAACGUCGCCGCCGUCGCCGCCCGCCGCGGUUAUUCCGCCGACCCGGUCUCCGCGUCAUGUUCCAUCGCUGUCUCCGUCGGCAAGAAGCUGCUCCGUGUGGACCUCACGCUGCAGGACGGCGACGAGCUGGAUGUGCAGACGCGCGAGAUCGCCGCCGUCGAGGGUGUCAAGACGCUCGCUUGGGUCGAUGACUCCGUCUUCGUUGCAACCGCGACUGGGUACUCACUCUUCUCUAGCACCGCCGGCCAGGGUGUGGACAUAUUCACGCUCCCGGAGUCCUCCGGACACCCGAGGGUGAAGCCACUCUCCGGUGGUGACGAGGUGAUGCUCCUGGUGGACAAUGUUGGGGUGGUCGUCGACAGAUUCGGCCAGCCAGUUGGAAGCAGCUUGGUGUUCAACACUACACCUGACUGUAUAGCCGAGGUGUAUCCCUAUGUGAUUGUUGCUGGGAACGCCAAGGUGGAUGUGUACAGAAGGAGAAACGGGGUGCACCUAGAGACAAUUCCUGUUGCCAGGACUGGUCAGGGUGUUUUGAUUGUGGCUAGCGAUGAUGAUGGGAUCGGCACAGAGCUAGUUGUGAUCGCUACAGCUUAUAAGGUUUUUUGCUACCGUAAAGUAUCUUCAGUGGAGCAGAUUAAGGCAUCCUUACGAAGGAAGAACUACAAGGAAGCUAUUUCUCUGUUAGAAGAGUUUCAGUCAGAUGGUGAAAUCUCAAAAGAUAUGAUCUCCUUUGUCCAUGCACAACUUGGAUUCUUGUUGCUUUUCGACUUGCGCUUUGAGGAUGCUGUAAAUCAUUUCUUGCUCUCGGAGACUAUGCAGCCAUCAGAAAUAUUUCCAUUCAUCAUGCCGGAUCCUAACCGUUGGUCAGAUCUGGUGCCGAGAAAGCGUUAUUGGGGUUUGCAUCCUCCCCCUAAGCCCCUUGAAGAAGUUAUUGAUGAUGGACUGGUAACAGUUCAACAGGCAUUGUUUCUGAAAAAGGCAGGUGUGGAUACAGUUGUGGAUGAAGAUUUCCUUUCAAACCCACCAAGUAGAGCUGAUCUUUUAGAACAAGCGAUCAGAAAUAUUAUCAGGUACCUAUGUGCAUCGCGGAUGAAGAAUCUGUCUUCUCCGGAGAUGGAAGGAGUUGAUACUUUUCUGAUGUAUCUUUAUAGAGCACUUGAUCUUGUUGAUGACAUGGAGAAGCUUGCAUCAUCUCAGAAUAGCUGUGUUGUGGAUGAACUAGAAUCCCUUUUGGAUGACUCUGGACAUUUGCGGACACUUGCUUUCUUAUAUGGCAGUAAAGGAAUAUGCCCCAAAGCUCUUGCUAUAUGGCGUAUUUUGGCAAGAAAUUAUAGUUCUGGUUUGUGGAAGGAUAUGUCUGAAAAUGGUUCUUGUGGAAGUUCGGUUGAAAAAAGAUCUGGUGAGGAAAUUGCCGCUAUAGAAGCAGCCAAGAUCCUCAAAACAUCAUCUGAUGAGGACCUUGUUCUGGAACAUCUUGGAUGGGUGGCAGACAUUGAUCAAGAGCUGGCGAUUGCAGUUUUAACAUCAGAGAUGAGGGAAAAUCAACUCUCACCAGAGAAGGUUGUCGCUGCUAUUGAUACAGAGAAGGUUGUAAUCCAUCAAAGAUAUUUGCAGUGGUUGAUUGAGGAUCAAGGUUGUGAUGAUCCUCACUAUCACACAUCAUAUGCUCUUUCGCUGGCCAAAUCUGCGAUUGAAGCAGUUCAUAUGGAAUCUAAAUAUAGAGGGAAAGAUGAUAGAGAAAUUGAUUCUGAUGCACAAUUCAUUUACUUGUUAAGAGAGAAGUUGCAGUUGUUUCUGCAAGCUUCAGACCUGUAUGAUCCAGAAGACGUGCUCGAUGUGAUAGCAGAAUCUGAGCUAUGGCUGGAAAAGGCCAUAUUGUAUAGGAAGAUGGGCCAAGAGAAUAUUGUACUUCAGAUACUAGCAUUGAAACUGGAGGAUAGUGAAGCUGCCGAACAGUAUUGUGCAGAGAUUGGUCGAGAUGAUGCCUAUAUUCAGCUUUUGGGUUUGUAUUUGGAUCCUCAAAAUGGGAAAGAGCCUAUGUUUACAGCAGCUGUACGACUUCUUCAUAACCAUGGGAAAUCUUUGGAUCCAAUGCAAGUAUUGGAGAGAUUAUCUCCCGAUAUGCCUCUUCAGCUGGCAUCAGAUACAAUUUUGCGAAUGCUGAGAGCCCGGGUGCACCAUCAUCGUCAAGGACAGAUUGUUCACAAUUUAUCACGUGCGACAAACCUCGAUGCACGGUUGACAAGAUUGGAGGAGAGAUCAAGGCAUGUGCAGCUGACUGACGAGAGUAUCUGCGAUUCCUGUCGAGCUCGACUCGGCACCAAGCUAUUUGUGAUGUACCCAGAUGACUCAGUUGUCUGCUACAGGUGCUACCGGAACCAGCAAGGUGAUUCCUCCUCAGGGCAUGGCCGUAGCUUGAGGAAAGAUGUUAUAUUCAAACAGAGCUGGCUUGUCAGUAGGUAGAUAGCGAUGAAUGAAGAUUGCUGACUGGUGUGCGUCACUAGAGAAUGAGGCUAGCAUUCGGCGGCAUUUGCUCACGUUGUUUUUCACAUCUUGAAAGCCGAGGUCGGAACUUGGAAAAAGCACUCGCAUUCCACACAGACCCUAAGAAUGCAACAUAUGUUUGUCCAUAGUGUUGUUUCUAUUUUAUUUUCUUCCGGAGGUUGAAUGAAUACGAUAGAGGAGGUGUAGUCUGCUCUAGUGCUUGUACACUGUUUGAUAGAGACAUACUGCUGGUAAAUGGAAAUUGCUGUUGAGGAACUCAAAAUCUAGUUCUGUA